AUGUCUGGAGGAACUCAGAGUAUGUACGAUAGGCAUAUUACUAUUUUUUCGCCAGAAGGAAAGCUUUUUCAGCUAGAAUACUCCCUGAAGGCUGUAAAAAAUUGUAAUUUGACCGGAUUAGCCUACAAGGAUAGCAAGAGCAUAUCCGUUGUGGUACAAAAGAAGGUGCCUGCCAAAUUGAACAAAAAUGAUACCUUACUAGAUUCAAGCAGUAUCACUAGUUUAUACAACAUAACAGACGGGAUAAUGGCUGUUGUUGUAGGCCUACCUGCUGACUGUCUAAGUAUGGUUUACAAGGCGAGGGAGGAGGCAAGCAAUUAUUUCUAUAAGAACGGGUGCGAUAUACCUGUGCAUCAACUCUGUCAAAGGAUCGCCGACAUGAAUCAAGUUUACACUCAGCAUGCCUAUAUGCGUUUACAUGCAUGUGUUGGGUUAUUAGUAUCUAUAGAUGAUGAAAAUGGGCCAUCAAUUUACAAGUUCGAUCCUUCUGGUUGGUAUGCAAGCUACAAAGCUUGUGCCAUAGGCACAAAAGAACAGGAGGGUAAUAAUUCACUAGAGAAGAUACUUAAAAAUCCCAGUGAAGACACUACUGUAGAUGCUGUAUCUUGUAUGGUUUCAAUUAUAGGGUCCAUUUCUGAUGUAAAAUCGUCUGAUCUUGAAGUGGCCGUUGCUACUAUUGAAAAUCCUGUUUUCAGAAUACUGUCAAAGGAGGCAGUUGAAACUGUGCUUACUACAAUUGCCGAGAGGGAUUGA